UCCCAAUUCCCCCUGGCGUUUUUCGAGCGAGCCAUGGAUGCGCCGCCCAAGAAGGUGAGGAAGAUCGCCUCCUUCGGCGCCCUGCGGCAAAGCAUCAAGUCCAACGAGCAGCUGCCGGUGGAGUUGGAUGAUGACUUUCUGACGCCUGCCUUCUCCGCCGACCCUUUGCAGCUGCAGGGCGGCGAGACUCACACCUUCGGGGCGGAGGAGAAGAGGCAGCAGGACCGGCAGAACCAGCAGAAGCUGGCGGCCAAAAGAGCCCUGGAGAAGGCCCAUGAGGUGCAACUGCCGCAGCUCAGCUCUCCAGAGGACCUCCUGGCAGACCUGGCGCUGCAGCGGCAUCUGCGGCUCCGCAGCGCGGUGUCGCUGCGCUUCCUGCGGCUUCCCCCGGCGCUGCGCUGCGGCGCCGCCGCGGCCUUCGCCGCACCGGCGAGGGAGGAGGCGCUGGAGCUGCUGGCGGCCAGCCUGCCGCAUUUGCCGGGCGCCCAGCGGGAUUUCGGUUUGGGAAAGGCCCUGGAUUGGAUGUCGCAGAAGGACCGCGCGGUGGCUUGGCUGGGCCGCAUUGCCAGCAGCCUCAGCUGGCACGAGGCCGAUGGCCCGCCGAACAAGCAGACAAAUGAGCCACCUGACGAGAAGGUGAAGGACUGGGACGAGGCAUACCGCAGCCUCUGGGUUCUGCUUCGGCAAGGCGUGCUGCAAAGCUUCAGCAUGGAGUCGGAGCGCUUUACUGUGACGGUCUUUGGUGAGGGCACCGGGCCUUGGACUGCGGGGGACGCCGGCGACGCCCGCGGCGCGGUGCGGCCCUCGUCCAAGGAGCCCUGCGCGGUGGUGUGGCCCUCCACCCGCGAGCUGCGGGGCUUGCUGCAGGAGGAGCAGGCGCCCUUCAGCGUGCCCAAGGAGCAGAUGUUGGGUCUGGAGGAGGCGGUCUCGGACCAGACCCUGGCAGAGCUGCGGGAGCUGCGCCGGGACGGGAUCAAGGCGUCGACGCCGGAGGUGCGCAACGCGCUCUCCACCGCCGCCCUGUGGUUCCAAGGACCCUGGCGGGUGCAGUGCCUCAUGGAUGUGCUGCGGCAGUACUUUCUGGGACAGCCCUCACCAGGCUUUCCGCCUCCGCCGCAGCAUUUGCCGAAGCUCUUUGCCACUGGGCCCUUUGUGAACUCGACCGUCAAGUCUGCACAAGUGGUCAAGAUUGCCAGAGAGCCGGGGAGGACCGACCCAGGCGAGCACAUGGCAGAGCUUCGAGGCCGCUUCUUUCCGCUACAGCUGCGGAAAUUCUUGGAGCUUUUGCGCGUGAGCCUCCCCAAAUUCAGCUGCGAGUUGCUAGCGCCCAACGACUGCGCUGGUCUCAACUCCUUCACGCAGCUGGGCCAGCACCGCAUCGAGGCGGUGUCCUGCGAGCGCAGCUCGGACAACUGGAGGUGGAGCUUUCAGCUGAGCAACUCGUGA